AUGUCACUGCGAAAACCUCACCGAAAGUCGCGCAACGGCUGCAUGGAAUGCAAAAGGCGCAGAGUGAAAUGUAAUGAGCAGUAUCCUUGUCACAAUUGUCUCAAGUACCAGACCGACUGCAUCUUUCGCACAGACUUAGCACCCCAGCGACGAAGUCCUACUGAACCAGGAAAAUCCUUCAGUAAUGCAAAUCAAAUAGCCUCCAAAUCAGUCAUUGGAGCCAUGGAGUCACUGGCUGGAUCAUCGCCGUCAACAACGGCUAGAAGAUGCGAUUUUGAAGCUCGAGACCUUGAGCUUAUGCAUCACUACUGCACAUCGGUAGCCAAGACAUUCUCCUGUCGCAGUGACAUACAGGAUGUGUGGGCUAUCGCACUCCCAAAGCAUGCCUAUUCAUGCAGCUACCUCAUGCAUGGUUUGCUUGCAAUAUCAGCAUUACACUCGGGCUGGUUGAACCACGACUUGCGGUAUGACUAUACGAAUUUGAGUACCUAUCACCUGCACAAGUUCAUUGCUCUCUUCAGGGAACAGCUUGCCAAUAUAUCAAUAGAGAACUGUGUACCAUUAUUUGGUGCCUCUUCUCUUAUGGUUAUCUAUGUCUGCGCACAAUCUGCUUUGGUCUCACAGCCAAUGGAAAAAGAUUCGCCGCAAAUCAAAAUGAUCAUGAAUAUCUUCAGCAUGUGCCGAGGAGUGGAGACGAUUCUUGCACCGUAUCGUGGUGAGGUCCAUCAGAGCACCUUGAGCUCCUUACUUCAUAAGGAUUACUCUCUCGUUGGGGAUCCAUCAAGUCAACAUGACACCAGCCCCUCCAGGGAACCGCAGUUCUUCGAACUGCAGCGUCUCAUCACGAAUCAAAAGUUUGAAUCUUCGGAGUUGAAUGAGUAUCUCGACGCCUUGGCAAAGCUGAAGACAUCCUUCAAUUUCAUGGAUGUCGCCAGCAAGCCAUUGGAGGCUGGUGCAGCCUUCGUAUGGCCAAUCAUGCUGCAACGAGGUUUCAUGAGCCGGUUCACGCAACGGACACCUCUCUCAUUGGUCUUUUUGGCGCAUUACUGUGUGAUCCUGUAUCAGCUUGACGGUUACUGGUUUUUGAACGGUUGGUAUAGAUCUAUCCUUGCCGAGAUUAAAGAGCUUUUGCCUCUGGAAUUUCAGGCAUGGAUUAGUUGGCCAAGGGAGCUUUGUGGCUUGGUUGAUUGA